AUGUCCCUCCUACGCGAAGCAGAGAGAUGCCUCGCUAAGCAACAUGCGCAUGGCCUCAACUCUUUUAUCACACCCCUGCCUCGUGCUGGGCAGUGGCUCGACCGUGUGAAAGAGGCAGACCAGCGGCGCGAACAAGGUAAUCCAAAGUCCGCUGUGGAUGGCCGUUUGAUUGCCAUAAAGGACAAUAUAUGUACACGAGAGCUGCGGACAACAUGCGCCUCGGGCAUCCUGGACAAAUUCACCAGCCCUUUCAAUGCCACCGUCGUCGAUCAAUUGGAGGCUGCUGGGGCCAUUACCGCGGGCAAGACAAAUCUGGAUGAGUUUGGAAUGGGGUCACAUUCGAUCCACUCACGAUUUGGACCAGUAAAGAAUUCGCGACAAGACCACGCAGGAGAGGAUCUUUCGGCUGGAGGAAGCUCCGGUGGAAGUGCCGUCGCAGUUGCUGCCGAGCAAUGUUAUGCCGCCUUGGGAACAGACACCGGAGGCUCCGUAAGACUUCCCGCCGCAUACACCGGGACGGUUGGCUUCAAACCAUCCUACGGUCUAAUCUCACGAUGGGGUGUGGUAGCCUAUGCCAACUCCUUGGACACCGUGGGAAUCCUCGGAAAGAGCACUUCCAGUGUGCGAGAUAUCUUCUCCAUCCUGAACCAGUACGAUGCACGCGAUCCUACGAGUGUCUCCCAGUCAUCACGAUCAUCCAUCUUGACAUGGCAUCAAACUCGAAAACUCUCCUCCCGUUUGACUUCGUCUCCUCUUCGUAUCGGAGUCCCUCUAGAAUACAAUAUCUCCGAGCUCACACCGUCAAUUCGUCAUGCCUGGGUUCAAUCGCUCGCCCAUCUUCAAGAGCAAGGGCAUACAGUUCUCCCUAUUUCCCUACCAGCAACUAAGCACGCACUGUCAGCUUACUAUGUUCUCGCACCGGCUGAGGCAUCCUCCAACCUGGCCAAGUACGACGGCAUACGCUACGGCACUCGCGCCAAAGGGCCAGAUAGCAAUGGCCAGCCAGACGGCUAUCUAUAUGCCAAAACACGAGGGCUUGGAUUCGGAGAUGAAGUCAAACGCCGCAUUAUGCUGGGAACUUUCAGUCUCAGCGCUGAUGCCAUGGACAACUACUUCAUCCAGGCACAGCGUGUCCGUCGUCUAGUCCAGCAGGAUUUCAAUGCCGUGUUCGCCGCCGCGCAUCCAUUUGCUGCAUCCCAAGCUCCAGACGCAAGUCGUCUAGAAGCUGGGGAAGUUGAUGUGAUUAUUUGUCCUACUGCUCCAUCAGCACCGCCCCGACUGUCAGAUUUGACUGCUGGUUCGUCGCCCUUAGAUGCCUAUGUCAAUGAUGUAUUCACAGUUCCAGCCAGCUUGGCAGGUCUGCCUGCCAUCUCAGUACCGGUCACGGUGUCUCAGUCCCCCCAGUGCUCCGAUGCUGAUGAUGUGGCUGGCAUCCAAAUCAUCGGCCAGUAUGGGGACGAUGAACUUGUCAUGAACGUUGCCGAGAUGCUUGAAGGGAAAAGACUAACUGGCUCACUAUAA